AUGGGAUAUUUGUUAUGAAAACAGUAGGCGAAACACUUAACUAUAACUACAACUGCCACUGAAGUGAAUCUACAUACUACAUUUAAAGUUAAGUGAAACAAGGAACAUUAUAGAACACUGAACAAAAUAAUAAUAAAAAAGACAAAAUAAAUAAAAACAUAAGAAGGUAAGAGGGCAUAAAAGGAAAAAAUAUACAUCAAUUAAAUUUCUUUAUUUAUUUUCUCAAAGUGCAGAAGUGCCCAGUGACGUAUGGGCGGGUCAUGUGGCGGGUCAGCUGACAGCAACAGAAACCGGAAGCGACUGAAGAGAAUUAUAUGUUCAUAUUUGUUCACCGCAUGCUUGUAUAGUGAAAUCACAACUUCAUAUCUGGAAUAUAAGUACAUCUGACUCAUCUGUUCACAUCAGCCAGGGAGUAUGUUUGCAACAGACGACGAGGACGGAGAUUUUCUGUCUCCCACUGGAGGGGCAAAGUUAGCUUCACUAUUUGGACUAGACCAGGCAACGUCCCAGGGCAAUGAGUCUUUCCAGUAUACAGCCCCCAAACAGCCUCGCAAAAGCACCACAAACUCAGGACCCCCAACACAAAAGUCAACCCCACCUCCCAACUCUCCAGCUGUUCUCUUUGCUACUGCAGUACAUGCCUACAGAUAUGUUAAUGGACAGUAUGUGAAACAAGGCAAGCUCGGAGCUGCGGUGCUUGGAAACCAUACAACUAAAGAGUAUAAGAUCCUGCUGUAUGUCAGUCAGCAGAAGCAGGUUACGGCAGCCAGAAUCCACAACGGCUUCAUUCUUACUGUGAGCUCUUAUUUACAAUCACCUACUGAUUUGAAGAUAGAAUAUACGUAUAUUUGCUGUAUUGUUUAUGGUUGUCUCUCUCACGUUCAGGUCCAACCCAGUAACUACUGCACAUUUUACGAUGACCAGAGACAAAAUUGGUCACUGAUGUUUGAAUCGGAGAAAGCAGCUACAGACUUUUGUAAAGAGGUUUGUCUCACAAAAGCAAACUGCAACAGUUCUUUAGACUCUGUCCUGAUCCAGGAUCUUCUGCUUGGUGAGGGGCAGGGUGUGGAGAACGGAGAUUGUCUAGAAGUGGCCUACUCUGGCUGGCUCCUGCAAAACCACACCAUUGGAACGAUGUUUGACUCUAAUCUAAAUAAAGACAAACUGCUGAGACUAAAGCUUGGGGCUGGGAAAGUCAUUAAGGGCUGGGACGAGGGGAUGUUGAGCAUGCGGAAAGGUGGAAGACGGUUUAUGGUGAUUCCACCCAGUCUUGCGUAUGGAUCACAGGGCGUUCCCAACCGGGUACCUCCAGACAGCACGCUGGUAUUUGAAACAGAGAUCCGCCGGAUUAAGUUUGCUAAGGAUGGAAAUUCAAGAGAGUCUGCAGCUCCUUCUCCAGCUCCCAGUGUGGAGAGUCUGGGCCCCUCUGAGUUGAACCAGCCCAUCAGUACUGCCCCACCAACUUUCAAACCCAGUGAACCACCUCUUCGUGCAAAGUCAAACUCGCUGAAUGAGCAACUGAGUAAUCCUGAUGCCACUAAAGCUAAACUGAUUUCACGCAUGGCCAAAAUGGGCCAACCAAUGCUGCCCUUCUUUUCCGGCCCAGCAUCAUCAUCCUCCCAGCCAGACUCCAGUGACUCAGAACUUGAGCUGGAGGACCCGAGUGUGUCCAGACAGAAGGAACAUAACAGUGCACCAUCACCGCAGCCUGUACACAUCACCUCCGCACCUCCGCCUUCAGUGCAGGCUGCGGCUCUUUUACCUGUUGCCAUGGCAACAGCAAAUACACAACCAAUGAUGCCAGGAGCUGUUCAUGCCUUUCAGCCUGUCAGUCAGAUGUUCCCCACACAGACUGUGCCUUACCAAGGAACUAGUGAUGUCACAUGCUUCUUGAUGACAGAGGCUCGACAACACAACACUGAAAUCCGAUUAGGUGUCAGUAAAGUGGCAGACAAACUAGACCAGUUGUCCUCUAAGAUUGAUAACCUUCAAAAGCAAGGCAAUGUUUCGUUGGGCUUAACAAACGUAUCCAUGGAAACGGCCAUGAUCAUGCACAACAUUCAGCGAAUUAUACAGGAGAACGAGUGUCUGAAGAAAGAGGUGUUUGAGAAAAGUUCACGUAUUGAGGAACAAAACCGCAAGAUUGGUGAGCUCAUCAAUCAAAACCAGAGGUAUGUGGAGCAGAGUAAUCUACUGAUGGAGCAGAGAAACGACUCGCUGAAGAACAGCAGUGAACAGAGUCAGGCCAGAAUGCUGCAGGCAGAACAAGACAAGCAUGCACUGCCACAGGAAUUGGGCUGGGGCCAGGCGCGGUUGACGGAGGAGUUGACUUCCUCCACAGCGCGUGUGUCGGAGCUGCAGCUGGAGUUGAGCUCACAGCAGCAGAAUGCCGCAGUUCUUCAGACCAAACUCAAUGCAGCAUUGCAGGACAGCCAGCAACACAGCACACACAUCACUACACUGGAAGCCCAGCUGCUGGAGUUCAAGGAGACAGCAGAAAGAGUGCAGAGUCAAUACAAGAUGGAGAAACAGAAACGUAAAGAACUGGAGUUCAAACUUAACAACGUGGACGAAGAGCUUCAGGACAUGAAAACAGAGAAGGACAGCCUGGAGCGAACUCUCUCAGACAGGAAGAGGAAGUGGCAGGCGGAGAGGCAGCGCUGUGAUGAGGAACUAGAAGAGGUGAGGAGGGCGGGGCAACAGGAGAUGGACAACCUCAGGAGCCAAUUACGUAAAGCCAGAACCAGCACUGACCACGCCUCAGCUGAACAGCUGGCUCAGUUGCAGGCAGAUCUUGAGCAGGAGUGGCAGCUGAAAUGUGAUCAGACUCUUGCAGCAGCACGUGAACAACAGAGGAGAGAACUGACUGAACUCACAGAGACCAGAGACACAAUGCAGCUCAAACUCACACAGCUGCAGGAGAAGUUUAAUAUGCUGAAACAGUCACGUGAAUCAGAUGAACAGCUUUUACUACAGCAGCAGGACCAGCGAGAGGAACUUCAAGCCUUGAGAGAAAAGUGCUCUGUAUUGGAGCAGAAAGUAGUGUUGCUGAAGCAGCAGGGUGAGGCGCGUGUUUCAGAGCUGGAGAGGAACCUGGCAGAGCAGCAGCAGCAGACAGACGCAGCAGGAGAGGUGAAGCGAGUGAUGAAUGGAGUGUUCCAGUCUCUGAGGGGCGAAUUUGAUCUGAAUGAGACCUACACAGGAAGUGCUGUACUCACAGUGCUGGUCAACACCAUCAAGAGUGUCACACUGCAGCUCCUAACUAAACCUGUGAGAUCUGCAUCUGAACACAGUGAAAAAGAAGAGGAGGAGGAAAAAAAUGAGGAGAGAGAGAGUGAUGCACAGCCAAGACAUGAGGUACACAUAAACAGGAGGAGAGAGGAGGAGGAGAGGGAUUCAAGUUCUGCCGGACAGGAUGAAGGACAGUCGCAAGCGGAGAAGAAAGACAUUUCACCAUCAGUGGAGAAGAAAGACAUUUCACCAUCAGUGGAGAAGAAAGACAUUUCACCAGCAGUGGAGAAGAUAGACAUUUCACCAGCAGUGGAGAAGAAAGACAUUUCACCAGCAGUGGAGAAGAAAGACAUUUCACCAGCAGUGGAGAAGAUAGACAUUUCACCAGCAGUGGAGAAGAAAGAAGUAACGGAUGAACUCGAAAAAGAAGACAGGAGUGAACAGGACAUUGUGGAAGAAAAGAGGGAAGAUGUUGUAUUAGAAAAGAGAGAAAAUGAAGUUGUAGAAGAGAAGGAAGUUGAAGGCAAUGCCAACACAGAACAGAAUUUGCAGGCUCUCGAGUUGGACAGUGAAAGUUGGACAGAGACCGCACAGACUGGAAAAGAAUUAUCUGAUGACAUAACUCCUAAACAGGAAGUGAAGGUAAUUAAUGAGAGCAUUACAGGUCCUUUAGAUGAAACAGAAACUGCACAAGUGACACUAAGAGGACCUCCUAAGAACCCACCACCACCACCCCCUAACCCUCUACAAGAUGACUCGACCAAAACAUCUGCACCACUCUCCAGUCAAUCUGAGAGGGUAGAAGAGGAAAAUGGGGAGGAACCAUUUUUCCAGAGUGCCGCCCCUCCCCAGCCCCCACCCGCACCCACUGAUGAAGAGGAGGAGGAGCUGAGUUUAAAAGGACGGCCUCCUCCUGCCCCUCUGUUUGGUGAUGACAGUGAUGAUAAUGAUGACCUGGACUGGCUGGGCUGAUAUGAACCCUCCAACCGAGUGUCAAGUUGGCCAGAUAAACUCCGACAUGGGGAACUUGUGUUUGUGUGAGCACAGCUGGACAGCAAAGGACAUGGGACUUAAAUUAUGGGUUCUCUGAUGUGAUCAGAGAACAGCAACCAUUAAUAGAUGACUUCCUCCCCAAGACCGUAAAGGUAUUUGAGUGAUGACCUUCAUGGAGGUAUGGACUGACUGCUGCUUCCAAAACUGCAUUUUGAUAUUCAAGCACAUAUAGCAAAAAGAAGUCUUAGAAAUCAUCUCUAAAAAAAAAUCUGUAUUCCUAAUACUGUAAAUCAUAACCAUUGAUUGUUUUUGUCCUUUUUUUAAAAAAAAAAGUGUGUUAAUUUAUGAUUCAAUGUUCCCUUCUUCAAUACGGGGGUUUCAUGCUUAAUACUGACAACGAUAGCUUAAAUGGUUCUUAAUAUUUAUAAAUUGUGCUAACAGCAACCAAUUCCAUAUUAAUAAAGUAAAUAUUAAAUAAAACUGGUUACCUGUCAGUUUCUUUUUACAUUUGGAUUUGUUCCAUCAGUUCAUACUUCAAAGGUGAAUUGUGUAAUUUCUACACCACUAGCGUAACCAAACGGAAUUGCAAAAAUAAUACAUUGUGGCACAAUUCAAUGCAACAAUUUAAGAAUGGUUUACAAACCAUUUCCACCAAAAUUUGCAUUUCAUGAAUGAGACCCAAAAUGUUUUGAGACAAUUGUCAGGUUUUUGUCCCUAAAACACUUGUUUAAAAGUAAUUCAGUUUGACAAUUUAUGCAAGAAUGGCUUCAUGAAUAGUUUCAACAGAAAUUAGCAUUUCAAGAAUGAGGCCCAAAAUAUUUCUCAAGACAAUUUUCAGAUUUUUGUCCCUAAAACGCUCGUGUUUGGGGCUACUUUCUUACGCCACAUAUUUAGUAUGUCUCUUAAAACAGCCCAAGCAGCCAUUACUAGUUUGCAGAAAAUGUGGCGGAGUGAUAUGGAAAUGUAAUGUGGUCAACAAAUUUGGAACUUAAGAACAUUAUAAACAUUCCAAGGUGUUGUUUUGUCAUUUUCUACAAACCGAUGAGAAUCAAGAAUUCAACACAGUGGUACAGUGGUUAGUAUUGUCAUCUCUUAAAGUAGUUUCAAAAAGACUUUCUUUUAAUAUUCUUUCUACAUAGGAGAUAUGUUAGUGUGUGAUGUUACCACAGACCAUAAAUAAACCUUUAAUAAACAGUUUCUUAUUGCUCAUUAGGACAGAGCAAAUUUAAACAAUGGUCAGUGUAAUGCAUGUGUUGCAGUCCUGAGCUCCCAAUAGAUAUCAUAAGACAUUCAGUUAGUGUUCAUAUUUUCAAAUAUAAAAAAAAAAAAAAAGCUUGCUGUAGACAAGUAUGUGUCUCUUUAAGAAAUCCCACCACCAGUAAAUGCUGAUUGGCCAACCAGUCCAUAAGAGGAGUUAACAAGGACAAAAGCUGCAAUCCAGAUUAAAAAAUACA